ACACGGUAAAUUCCACUCAGUCGUAUACAAGCAAAAUUGACCUACAAAUGUACCACUUAAAACUAUAUAGUCAUUAUAAAAUAUAUACAAAGAUUGAAAGCCUAAUCUAAACGAACUGAACUAACUUCUUAUUAGAAUGAAAAUAAAUGAAAAUAAACGUAUUGCUUUUCAGGGACGCCGUGUCAUUAGUUCACUCAAAACUGAAGUUGCUUAGCUUCGUCUUAAACUCACCUAAUGUUUUAAAUACUCUAAUAUCAGUCGGAAGGCUAUUCCACAACGCGGCACCGCUAUAAGAGAAACUUUUACGAACAUAAUCGGUACGAAGUUGUGGAAGAGCCAGCCUCAUUUCACUAUUUCGCAAUCUAUAACUAGUAGUAUCAUUACGAAAGAUGAAUUUAUUUGAUAGUUAAUCAGGUGUCUGUCCAUUUAGAAUUUUGAACAUCACAACGGCUUUGGAAAAAAGCCUCUGAUUCCUUAGGUUUUUCCAAUGAAGUCUACGGAACAGGUCUAGGGCACUUGAAUCAUAAGGAGCGGACAACAAUAUACGAGCCGCACGGUUCUGCAGUUUCUGAAGGUUUUCGGGCAGAAUUGUACUCACUUACUCAUCUCAAUAACAUGCGUGGCUUUGCCUCCUAUAGAGGGUACCAGCCACAAAAUAUCAUAUCUUUGGAUCUACUUGACAUAGUUCGUUGAUUCAAACGGUUAAAUGCUCCCCCUUUGAAAAAAAUUUUUUUUUCUAAAUUUGCAUGCUGCGACGAUCACACCUUUUAAAAUAACGACAAGGAAAUGCUUUCUUUUUUCAUGCGCAAUCCUGAAAUUAUUUUGAGAUGUUGUUUUCUGUAGUUCUGCGAAACAAGGAAGAAGUAGUACCGAUAAACAUCCGGUAAAAUUGGGUCAAGGUCGAUAUUCUAUUGUUACCCUCACUUGCUUAAGCAGCUCCGUCCUGUUCCUGCCGAUUAGCCACUAAGAGGGGAACCACGACGCAAUUUUCCGCUUCCAUUUCCGCUCUCAAAACAUUUAUAGGCUUAUUCAGUUGAGGAACGAAAACGAACAUAAUCCAAUAGUCUUCCCUAUAACGACGAUCCCUGGAACAAUACCUCUUUCAUCGCCUGCCAUGGAUUCUAUUUGUAGUAAGCAUGGUUCGACCGAAAACCGUGAGUCAUGCCAUGUCGUGGAAAACUUCUCUAUCGAAACCGAAAGCGGACCUUUGAGCGCUAGUCUCCUUGAGACAAAAACGAACCAAAUCUUCAAAGUACUGCAGUAUUUGGGUCUUGUUGAAAGAGGUAGAUGGAGAAGAUUCGGGCGGGUUUUCAUUCUGGCAAUUGUCGUCAUAACAUGGAUCCCACCAACUUUUCUGGCGAUCUGCGUUAAGAAAAACCCAACUAUGUCCUCACCAAGUGGCUUACCGACAAUAUUGUUACUCUCGGGCCUUGCUCUAUCGCAUCACUUCGGAGCUUUGUACGGAUUCAAGCAUCGUAUAAGACUCAAAGGGAAUAUACGUUUGGCUAUCGAACGAGCGAAUUUCUGCCGAACAUGCCUGAUCGUGAUCACGACGUUUGCAAUGUUGACUUUGUCUUAUCUCAUUCUUCUUGUCUAUUUGUACGUCACGCAAUCAAUUCGCCCUGUCCCGUGGCUUCAAAUUGGCUGUAUCUAUCUCCUCGGCUACAUUUACUGUGGUUCAAUAGGCGUAGCUAUGAACCUGGUAUUUAGUGCGUCAUGCGCUGCCAUCAAAAUCAGGAUCAUCGACUUUAAGGACAAGUUCAAAAACUGGUCCAAGGGACUUCGUGAAGCUCUUAUCGAGUACGAAGAACUCUGCGAAUACAUGAACGAGGAAAUCGAAUCAACCAAAUGGUGGCUAUUGGCUAAUAUCGUCACUUUUGUUGUCAGCUGGCUAAUCAAUUUCCACUUGUGGAAAAUUCUAGCAGGCGAAGGUCAAGGUAGUGUGGUAAGGUUAGUGUUUUACAACUGUUCGUGGAGCCAGCCUCUGCCAGCACCGAAGUUGCUCUUAAAUGAUGGACUCAUCACUAGCUGUGAGAUGCUUUUCUCCUCAUUGGUCUUUUUCUUCUUCAUGUCCCCACUCUACUGGGCUGCCAUGGUAACUUUACAGUGUAACAGGUUCCGUGAAUCGGUCAACGGCAUUAUUGCACAAACAGAUGAGAGACCUCUCGGGAAUUUCAAUGUGACAUCGCUCGAUUUUUUCAUUAACCGGGUGCAGAUGUCCAGUAGCUUUGCUUUCAAACUAUUCGGCAUUAAUGUUACUAAGGUGCUUUUAUCAGUAACAGGUUUAAUGACCACUGUGCAGGUCGUACUAGGUAUCGUGACGAAAAAGUUGCUUCCUUCUUAGCAUUUGAGCCUGCAGUGCAAUUCAAAGUGUCUCAAACAUGCGUGUUAUGGAGCACAGCGGUCAAAAGGCUGCGGGUGCUUAUGUGAAAUGAAUGAACUCAUUGUUUCCUCGCUUUGGAGAGCUAGUACGUUUGAUAUCUUUCCCGCAACGAUUGUCUUUUCGCUGGUUUAUUUACUAUUGUUUCUUUAAUAAGACAUUUUUAGCAAGAGGUUAUUAAUCGCUUGAUUUCUAGAUUGUCUAGAAUACUUCUAAAUUAAGUCGCACUCUGUUAGGGGAGAAGUUUGUGUGUUUUGGUUUCGGACGAAGUUUUAGUACUUUUACGGUCGCGCAGUUCAAGUUUUGAUUUCUCCGGUUUUCAAUCAAGUUUUUGUAUUUUGCUCGUUCUUUGACUCGACUGGCUGACCUGUAAAGAAUGAUGAAUGCAUUCGUUCUAUACAAAUUAUUAGUACUAUUGUUCAAGCUAUCGCCGAAAUAUUGUAUUGUUGUCGUUCAAUAUAGAAUAUUACAGUUAUUUUAAGGGUUUUUGUGGGUUUCGGUACUUAUGUAAUCGUUAACUUUUCAUAUUUAAUAAUUUUCGAUUUAUUCGAGUCUAUUCAAGUUCUUUCGUUCUAUUUAAUCGAAAAUAUAAAAAACGCCACAGUAGUUUUUUAAAUACUCAGCAAGUACAUUUUAAUUUGCUUUGACGCUUGUCUUCAUUGUACACCUGCAUUUCUGUACUAUUGUUAACCAUUACUAUUGAAAUUAUAUACUUCCACAAUUAAGAUAGAUAUUUUUAAUUUCGGAGCUGUAAAACAUUUCACUGUUGUAAAUGGCCUAGAGUCUAUUAUACCCGCUUUUUUAUUUUUUGAAACUUUUUCCGUUGUGGAAACAGAUGGAAUCUUUAAGUAGAAAUCCCUCAACCUCAGAGACAAUUUCCGCUUCUUCUGUGAUAUUAUUCAAAUAUUGUAAAUUACAGGACAAUAGGGACGCGCGCUCGAUAGUACAUAUAGGUAUCUUAAGUGCUUUUGACCUCCAGUACGGGAGGGUUCCACCUGUGACGUCACAGGAAGGAUGGCGCAAUUCAAGAUGGCGAGUGUUUCGAAUUUAGAAGAGCUUUUACAAGGUGAAAAUAGACUUUUGAGAAAAAACGAAUUGUACCUUUGUUGUGCUUGAUAUAUUUACUAAUCAACUAUGUGAAAAGAAAAUGUACGAUUCUUGGAUUUACAUGCCCUUUAAAUCAGUACGUGAUCUACUGCCUAGUAUGUAGUCUGUAAGUAAAAGGUCACGCUGUGACGUAACAAAAACAACUCGCGUAGCGUGACAUGGAAAUACAGUUGACUAUAAUCAGAUAUGGGUCAGAAAUGAUCCUUUUCUUCGAGCUGUGACGAUGGGUUUUUCUGCGUAAUACUGGAAUUUGUGGGGAACGCAACAACAAAGGAGGGGGGGGUGAAUAGCUCUGUAGAGACAACUGUGGGAGCAGAAACUCGUCACGAUUUCCUGGUACACGGAGAUCCGCUUCGAGAAAACUUAUACGGACGUCAUAGACUAGACAACGUUUGGUUCCACGGUAACUGUAUUCUACUUCAUGCUUGUAAGCGACAUGAUCAGUAGCGUAUUCAAAAGUGUAAUCGGCACUCAGUCAAAAAUGAAAUAAAAAAAGCUUCACAAUGUACUUCCUUGACUCUUUAAGAGCCGUUACCUCGUUGCGUUAUAGUUCCACCGCUUCUGUCACGACUCCUCGCUAUUGUUUUCACCG